AAAUGCAACUUAAUUAGAGAGAGAGAGAGAGAGAGAGAGAGAGAGAGAGAGAGAGAGAGAGAGAGAGAGAGAGAGAGAGAGAGGAGCAAGAGUUGAUCAUACGGGUCAAGCAAAUGGAGGGAAGGUUAAAUGCAUCCACCACCUCUGGUUCUGAAUUUCAAGAAGACAAAAGUGAUGGUUCCUUUGGCCAUGAUCAAGAACUUCCAAGGGGUGGGAGUAGAGGGCAAUUCGAUGAUGAGGCUAAUUGGAAAUCAUCGUCACCCAACCUGAUCAAGAGCUCAGGGAUUAACAGGAAGGAGGAGAAAGAACUCGAAUCAGCGAAAGCCGAAAUGACCGAAGUGAGAGAAGAAAACGCGAGACUAAAGACAAUGCUACAGAAAAUCAAGGACGAUUACCGAUCCCUCCAUAUGCGAUUCAUCGACAUGAUUCAACAAGAAGAACCCAAAAACAGCAGCAGCAACAAUAACAAUAAUAACAAGCCAUCUCUCUCCCGGGAGAACAUCGAAGAGACCGAGUCGUUGAUAUCCCUUCGCCUUGGAACGAGCACUAGCGAGCCCAAGAGAGACGAUCACAACACCACGAGCAGCUCGAGCAAGACGAGAGAGGACAACAGCGAACAUCUGCAGCUGAAAGAGAGUCUUAAACUCGGAUUGGAUUAUAAUUUGGAAGCAUCGAAGUCGGAUUGCAUGGAGGUGAUGGCACCGGAACGAAGUCCGGAGAACAGUGUGGAGGAGAUCAUAACAAAGGACGAGGAGGCCGCGGGAGAGACGUGGCCGCCGAGUAAGGCUUUGAAGACGGCGAGAAGUAACGGCGGAGAGGAAGAGAUUUCGCAGCAGGCGAGUGUGAAGAGGGCUAGGGUUUCUGUGAGGGCUAGAUGUGAUACACCAACAAUGAAUGACGGAUGCCAGUGGAGGAAAUACGGGCAGAAAAUUGCGAAAGGAAACCCUUGCCCGCGAGCAUACUAUCGUUGUACGGUUGCAGCAGCAUGCCCAGUCAGAAAACAGGUUCAACGAUGUGCGGAGGACAUGUCCAUCUUGAUCACAACCUACGAGGGAACUCACAACCACCCGCUUCCCGUCGCGGCGACAGCCAUGGCUUCCACCACCUCCGCAGCCGCCUCGAUGCUGAUCUCCGGCUCCUCAACUUCUCAACCAGGGUUGAUUCCACCAGCAGCAGCCGCUGCCUCGGCCGCGUUAACGACCAAUAACCUCCACGGAUUGAACUUCUCUCUCUCCGAUAACUCCAGAGCAAGACCAUUCCACUUCCCAAACACCUCCUCCUCAGCACUGCCUUUCCCAACCAUCACUUUGGACCUCACUUCAAAUAGUACUCCAUCCCAUCAUUCCAACCUUUUCUCUUCAGUUUUUCCCCAAUCCCCAAAAUACCCUUCAAACAGUCUCAGCUUUUCCACAGAAUCCAACAUGGUACCUACUAUUUGGGGAAAUGGGUACUUGAAAAAUGGGUACAGUAAUACAAAUAUUGGGUCAGUUAAUUUUGGAAGAUUACAUUCCCAAUUACUAGACCAAUUCAACAAUUACCAGAAGAGCAGCCAAGCUUCUUCUCAGCAGGUCUUGACAGAGACCUUGACAAAGGCAAUCACGUCGGACCCGAGCUUCCGGUCCGUGAUUGCGGCGGCGAUUUCUUCCCUGGCGGCCGAGGGCGGCGGAAACCAGGGCGGAGGAGGGGAGAAUAUGGGGCAGAAAUUGAAGUGGGGGGAGGCAAUGCAGGCCGUUAGUUCGAAUCCUCUGGCGCCGAACGGGAAACUAGUUUGCGCUACGAAUUACUUGAACCACCAACAACCUCCGUUGCCAUUUUCUCUAUCUAAGAACAAUUCCAAGGAAGCUGCUGGUAGUAGGGAUCAGAUGAAUUGAUGGGUUCUCUUUGCAAAUUUUGACUGUCGAAAAUGGUGCUGACUUUUGAAAUUUGAAAAUUGUUCAUGAGCUAAAGGACGGUCCGGGUGCAAUCGUAAGGUUGCCCCGACGCGCACGUGAUCUGGUGGUCACGGAUUUGAGCCGUGAAAAUAGCAUCUCUAAGUAUGGGAUGCGGUAAGAUUGCAAACAUCUAAUCCUUCUGUUCGUGCACUUAAAAUUUUCAAUACGUGUAAUUGUUGUUUCUUCUUUUAUUUUUUAUCUUUUCAUAUACUUGGACUGAAUGGUAUCAAAUGUGUUGAUAGAUCAAUGAAAGCAAGAUCGUUCAACUCAUCUCUUUUGAGAUACAA